AUGGCGAGCAAGUGGAGGCUGAAUAAGACCGAAGAGAAGCAGCUGAGACAAGAAGGUGAUGAAAUCAUCAAAAGCCAGAAGCUUGCUGAAGGAAUAUCUGAGGAAGAUGCAGAAAAAGCCAAGAAUGACCUGAUUACUGAACGGACUCAUGAGCUGAAGAAGAUGAAGGCAGACAAUGCUGCAGCUAAGAAGGCUCAGACUCCCCAGUCAAAGGCCAAAGCUAAAGCUAAACCAAUCUCUGCCAGUGUUCAUCCGACCCCCCCGACGGACAGUGUGAAUCAUGAUUACUAUGACCGCUCGCUGGCGGCUUUGCAAACCAUUCAGAACCACAAGGUCUUUGCAAGAGUGGAAGAAGAAUCGCCGCUGGACAUCACAGGCAAGAAGAUGAGUGGUGUUCAGGCUGUCUUCAACAAUGACGAGGCCAAGCUGGCACUGAGUGGGGGGAAGGCUUACAGGGCGGCCUGCAACAUGUUCUGGCCCGACAUUGUGACCAGCUCUAGCCCAGGUGUUGAGCUGCUUGGCACUGUGCCGGUGGGGGUCCGGUCUCCAAAUGGCCAAUGGCAGCCAAACAGCAACUCUGAAGAGGAUCGACGCAACUUCAUCUUCAACCCUGCCAAUGAAGACAAGGUGGGUUUCAAUGAGUCUUCUUGCCCUAUGUUCUUGAAGGAGAAGGGAAAGCUGUGGGCUUGGAUCUUUGGCUCCGCUGAGAAGUACCCUGAGCCCCUGCCAUGGGCACCAAGCAGCGGGGCAGUUACUUUUGUGAAUAUCUACAAGGCGGACAAGCGGCAAAGCAAAGUGACCAAGGACAAAUUCGAUAAGGGCGCUCGCAAGAAGGGCAAACACUGCAACUGA